AUGGAAGCCGUCUUUGUCAAAAUUGGUCUCUCUGAACAGAAGGCCAAGGACACUGUCAAGAACAAAAAGCUUGCACCACUCCUCGAGGCUGUCAUUGACGAAGCCAAUGUCCGCGACUCUGGUUGUGACAAGGAUCAAGGCAACUUGCUGUAUCAACUCGCGUCCACCAUUACCAAGGAUGCUCUUCCCCACCGUGCCUACAUUGUGAACAGCAUCAUGGCUGGCGAUUUGAAGACGGCUGAUCAGGUGUCAGCCGCGAUCAAGUAUCUUGAAGAUGUCCAGGAACCUAUCAACAAGGAGGAAUUCAAUGCUGCAGCUGGUGUUGGUGUUGUUGUCACCCCUGAGCAAAUCAAGGAUGCCGUUGCCAAGUACAUUGAAUCCAACAAAGAGAACAUUGUCACCAAUCGUUAUCGUUUACUCGGCCCUACCUUGGCAACUACUCGUAAGAUGCCUGAGCUUCGAUGGGCAGAUGGUGUCAGCGUCAAGAACGAAGUCGAGGCUCAAUUCCUUGCAUUGUUGGGUCCCAAGGAUGAACGUGAUGCUCCUCAAAAGAAGAAGAAAGAGAAGAAGGAACCUGCCAAGCAGCAGCAGCAGCAGCAAAAGAAGAAGGAAGAGACCAAGGAAGUGGAUUUGUCCAAGAUCUUCUUCGAAGGCGAACUUGCAAAGCUUCAUAAGCCUGGCGGCAACAAGCAGAUCAAGCCUGAAUUGAUGGAAGAGCACUUGAAGGCUACUGGUGGCAAGGUGUAUACUCGUUUCCCUCCUGAACCUAAUGGCUACUUGCACAUUGGCCACGCAAAGGCUAUCAAUGUCAACUUUGGUUACGCCAAGGCACACAAUGGUGUUUGCUAUUUGAGAUACGAUGAUACGAAUCCCGAGGCAGAGGAAGAAAAGUACUUUUUGUCCAUCUUGGAGACCGUAAAGUGGUUGGGCUUUGAACCUUUCAAGAUCACCUAUUCCAGCGAUUACUUCCACGAGUUGUAUGAUCUUGCCGUCAAGUUGAUCAAGAAGGGUCUUGCUUACACAUGUCAGUGUACCGGUGAAGAGAUCCACGCACAUCGUGGUGGUGAUAAUGGUGGUGCACGUACCGCCUGUGUUCAUCGUGAUCGUCCUAUUGAAGAAACGCUUGAACAAUUCCAAAAGAUGAAGGAAGGUCGUUACAAGGAAGGUGAAAUCACUCUCCGUAUGAAGAUGAACCUUGAAAGUGGCAAUCCUCAGUUCUGGGAUUUGAUCGCUUAUCGUGUCCUUUUCACUCCUCAUCAUCGAACUGGCUCUGAAUGGUGCAUUUAUCCUACUUACGACUUCACCCAUUGCUUGGUCGACUCUUUUGAAAACAUUUCCCAUUCGCUUUGCACCACCGAGUUCAGACAAUCACGUGAGAGUUACUACUGGCUUUGCGAUGCUGUCGAGGUUUACAAGCCUGUGCAGUGGGAAUAUGGUCGUUUGAAUGUCACUGGUACCAUCAUGUCCAAGAGAAAGAUUCUCAAGCUCGUUACCAACAACUAUGUCCAUGGAUGGGAUGAUCCUCGUAUGUAUACUUUGGUUGGUAUUCGACGCCGUGGUGUGCCACCAGAAGCCAUCAACAGCUUUGUAUUGGAAUUGGGUGUGACUACAGCUAAGAGCACAAUCGACGUUUUACGAUUCGACAGCAAGGUUCGCGAUUACCUUGACAAGACGGCACCACGUACUAUGGUUGUGAUGGAUCCUAUCAAGGUGACCAUUGAGAACUUGGCGGAUGAUUAUUUGGAAUGGGUGCAAGUCCCCAACAUGCCUCGCAAGCCCGAGUUUGGCGAACACAAGAUUCCUUUCACCAACACCUUUUACAUUGACUCUUCUGAUUUCCGUGAAGUGGAUUCCAAAGAUUAUUACCGCCUUGCUCCAGGCAAAUCAGUGGGUCUUUUGCAUGUUCCUCGCCCUGUCAAAUGUGUUCAGGUGAAGAAGGAUGCCAAUGGCAAGGUGACCGAACUUGUGUGCCGUUAUGAGAACGAAGGUGAAUUCAAAAAGCCAAAGACCUAUAUUCACUGGGUGGGUGAAGCACCUGCACAUGGAUCCCCUGUCAAACUUGAUGAAGUGCGCUUGUACGAACCUCUCUUCAAGCAUGCCAAUCCUGAUGAUGCUGAAGGUGGUUUCUUGAAUGAUAUCAAUCCCGAUUCGCUUCAGGUGGUCAAGGGCGCUUUGGCUACUGUUGGCAUUUAUUCACAGAUUGAGGAAUGGAUCAAAAAGACCGAGGGCCACAACAAGGAAAGCAUGCGAUGGCAGUUUGUGCGUACAGGUUACUUCUGCCUUGACUAUGAUACCGAGUUGGAUGUUGCAAAGGUGGUUGCAGGCAAUACAAAGGAGGCUAUUUCUCGUCUUGUGGUCAACCGGACUGUCACUCUUAGGGAAGAUGCCGGCAAAUCAAGCUAG